AUGCUCCUCACAGUCAAGCUGCUCUUGGGCCGGAGAUGCAGCCUGGAGGUGUCUGGGAAAGAGAGUGUGGCCAUGCUGAAGAAGCUGGUGUCAGAGCGACUACAGAUACCUGAAGAGCAGGUGCUGCUGCUCUUCCGCGGCCAGCUCAUGGAUGAUGACAAGUGCCUCUCUGACUACUGCAUUGGGCCCAAUGCCUCCAUCAAUGUCAUCAUUCGGCCGCCAGAGAAGGCAGCGCUGGAGAAGACCUGUCAGGCCCAGCCCAGCCUCUGCCCCCAGCCCUUGUGGCAGCAGCUGGGCCAGAUUCUGGCCAAACACUUCAGGCCGCAGGAUGCCGAGGCGGUGCUGCAGCUGCUGAGGCAGGAGCACACGCAGCGUCUGCAGAGGGUGAGCCUGGAGGCCCUGGAGCAGCUGGCAUGCUAUCUCCUGACUGAAGAGCCACGGGUGGAGCAGGCUGGGGAGACGGAAUCCAGGGCCCUGGCCUCGGAGCAGCCCAAUGAACAUGAAGAAGGAGGAGGAAAAGGCUGA